GACCAUUUUCACCAAACACAGCAGUGACUUCCGCGAUCGAUGCGGGCAAAAACAAACAGGAGAACCGACACAGCCGAGAAAUAUAACUCUUCCUCGUCAAACCCACGGCGGCCAGUUAUGGUAUGGAGAGCCCGAAUAGGGUGAAUGAAUUCUGGGUACAGAGCGAGACAGAUAGGACCAGCGCGCGCAGGAGGACGCACCUGCGGACAGGUGUCUGACGGAACCGGCCAGAGUCCGCUGGACCGGCUGCGCUCGUUCAUCCGAAUCCUCCGCAGGCUCCCGGUGUCGCUGCUAAGAGCUCUCCUCCUGCUCCUCCUGUGUCUGACCCGGCCGAUCCGCCGAGCCAUGGCGGCCAGAGCCAAAGACCGCGGCUCCGAGGGCUGCGAGGAAACCGGAGACCGGAUCCGAGACUACCACAAACAAGCGUUCGAGUUCAUCUCUUUGGCUCUGCAGAUCGAUGAGGACGAGAAAGGUGAUAAGGAGCAGGCGGUGCAGUGGUACAGGAAAGGCAUCACUGAGCUGGAGAAAGGCAUCCGUAUCCAGGUCACUGGAGCUGGUGAGAAGGCAGACAGAGCAAGAAAGCUUCAGAACAAAAUGACCAGCAACCUCACCAUGGCCCAAGACCGGCUGGAGCUCCUGGGCAAACUGCUUUCAAAGUCCCCAGCAGAGGGCUGUUCUGAUCACACUGGCCUGUCUUUCUCCAAUGGGAACCUGCGUCCAGUUGCAGGCAGUGGAGCAGUUUCCAAAAAGAAGGACACUCUCACAAUCACAAAUCCAUCCCAUGUGCGACCCAAAAACACACCCAAAUCUGCCCCUGCUGCCCUGCGCCGCAUACCUUCAACCGGUCAGGGCGGCAGGACCGGCCCUCAGAGCAACCUGAAGGGGCCCCCAGCAAGAGCCGGUAACAGACAGAACACCGGCAACACUGCCACAGCGUCACCUCAGAGGAAAAAAGACAUGAAGAACUUUAGAAAUGUGGACAGCAAACUGGCCAACCUCAUCCUCAAUGAGAUCGUAGACAGUGGUGUUGCGGUGCAGUUCGAUGACAUAGCAGGGCAGGAAUUGGCAAAACAGGCACUGCAGGAAAUCGUUAUCCUGCCUGCUCUACGUCCAGAGCUGUUUACUGGUCUCAGGGCUCCUGCUAGAGGCCUCCUGCUCUUCGGCCCGCCUGGAAUUCGUGGAAAUGGGAAGAACCCAUCCGGUAAAACACAAACAAAGAGCUUUUUUUUUACACCAUCAAUUCAUGAGACAAUGGGAGAGGGCGAGAAACUGGUUCGAGCUUUGUUUGCGGUUGCUAGGGAACUGCAGCCGUCAAUCAUCUUCAUCGAUGAGAUUGACAGUCUGCUCUGUGAGAGGAGGGAGGGCGAGCAUGACGCCAGCAGAAGACUCAAAACAGAGUUCCUCCUCGAGUUUGAUGGAGUGCAGUCAGGAGGAGAUGAUGACCGUGUGUUAGUGAUGGGAGCCACUAACAGGCCUCAGGAGCUUGAUGAGGCAGUUCUUAGGCGGUUCGCUAAACGCAUUUAUGUGGCUUUACCUACAGAGGAGACUCGUCUGAAGCUGCUCAAGAACCUCCUCAGCAAACACAGAAACACUUUAUCUCAGAAAGAGCUGAGUCAGUUAGCCAGGAUGACUGAGGGUUAUUCCGGCAGUGAUCUGACCUCACUGGCUAAAGACGCUGCUCUUGGUCCCAUACGAGAACUGAGGCCUGAUCAAGUGAGGAACAUGCCAGCCGAUAAGAUGAGGGACAUCAGUUUCUCUGAUUUUGAAGAUUCGCUCAAGAGGAUAAAGCGGAGCGUCAGUCCUCAAACGCUGGAUCAGUACGUCCGCUGGAACAAACAGUACGGAGACACAACAGCCAUAUGACACCCACACGCAAGAAGGUUUUUUACUAAAGACGUGGAAUUAAAAAAAAAAAAGAAAGAAAAAGGAAUUUGUAUAAUUUUGUCUUUUCUGCGACUUUGCUUUUGCCUCUGAUCUGGAGACGGAGUCGUUUGGAGCUCAGGCUGAGAUUUGCUUUGACUGAAUUACACCAGAGAUCAAGACCAUGUGGAUGGCAAAGCAUGACAAAAACCUUCCCCUUGAUUGGUGUGUGAAUGAUAAAGCACUUGGCGUCUUUGGUGUUCUAGAUGCAUUUGUUCCUCUCUUAUUUUGUUUUUGAUUCAUGUAUCCAGAUAAAUCGAAUCCUCAAUGGCGGUGUGAUGUGCUGAAGUCAAUCAAGUAGCACGUGGGGAUUCCGUUGAUAAAUGAACGAUAUAAAGGAUGUAUUGUUUGAUCUCAUGAUUAGAAACCAUUCAGACUGCAUGUGUAUUUGGGUUGAUCAGCACUCCUCGCGUUUUUUUUCAUUUGCAGGCACUAGAGGGCAUCAGUUGAGACCGUAUUCGUGAAUGUCUUCUGCUAAGUAGUACUGAAGUCAUGAUAUUGCUCCAUGUACAAAUGUUUUUCAAGUCUGCUGUGUCUUUAAUAAUGUUAAACUUUAAAAGGUUUGCAAUGAGUAUUUGGGAAACGUUUUGAUUCAAGUGCUUAACAGAUUUGUGUACAUGUACUAACGGUGUUGUUUUAAAUUGAAAAAAAAAAAUUGUUUUGAAG